GAGGCCCAAACAGAGUCUUACAACAACUGAAAAAAGUCCCCACAACAAUCUUUUGUUACUUUGAUCGGAUUCUAAGCUUAAUCCCAAAACCCUGCAAAAACCCCUCUCUCAAUAAUGUAUUCAUCAAAUCUACCUAUUUGGGUCUCAUCAAAGCCUUCAAAUUCCAAUAAAAAUAUACUCUUUUAUCAAUUUAACCAAAACCUAUUUUUCCAAUUUUCUAAAAGAUUACCACCAAAAAGCCUCUCUCAAUCUCCUUCACCCUUUACUCGGAUUCGUUGCUGCCUUCGUGAGCUCAGAAAACGAAUUGAAACAGUAAAAAGCACUCAAAAAAUCACUGAAGCAAUGAAGCUGGUGGCUGCUGCAAAGGUUAGGAGAGCUCAAGAAGCUGUCAUCAACGGUAGGCCUUUUACUGAGGCUUUAGUUGAGUUACUUUACACUAUUAAUGAAAGUUUACAAUGUGACGAUGUUGAUUGUCCUUUAACUGUUAUUAGGCUUGUUAAGAAAGUAGCUCUAGUUGUUAUAACUGGUGAUAGGGGUCUUUGUGGUAGUUUCAACAGUGCAGUGAUAAAAAAGGCUGAGUCCCGGAUUUCGGAUUUGAAAGGUCUUGGAUUGGAUUACACUGUUAUUAGUGUAGGAAAAAAGGGUAAUUCUUAUUUUAGUCGGAAAGAUGAUAUUUCGGUUGAAAGAUUUGUUGAAGGAGUAGGGUUUCCUACUGCAAAAGAAGCUCAGAUGAUUGCUGAUGAUGUUUUCUCAUUGUUUGUUACUGAAGAGGUUGAUAAGGUUGAGCUUGUGUACACAAAGUUUGUAUCUUUGGUGAAGUCGGAUCCGGUGAUCCGUACUCUGCUUCCUUUGUCGGUGAGAGGGGAGGUUUUUGAUGUGAAUGGGAAUUGUGUUGAUGCUGUGGAAGAUGAGUUGUUUAUGUUGACAACCAAGGAAGGGAAGCUGGCUGUGGAGAGGGAUAAAGUGAGGGUGGAAGGAGGGCCAAUUUCUCCUCUUAUGCAGUUCGAGCAAGAUCCGGUUCAAAUUCUUGAUGCCAUGAUACCUCUUUAUUUGAACAGUCAGAUCUUGAGGGCAUUGCAGGAAUCGUUGGCUAGUGAGCUUGCGGCUAGGAUGAAUGCAAUGAGUAAUGCUACUGAUAAUGCAGUUGAGUUGAAGAAGAAUCUUUCAAUUGUCUAUAAUCGGGAGCGACAGGCAAAAAUAACCAGUGAGAUUCUGGAGAUUGUUGCUGGAGCUGAGGCACUUACAUAAAUUCAUAAUUGGACCGUUUUUACUCCUCCUUGUAUGUUUCUUUUCUCCAAUAUCCUUAUGAAGUGCAUGGUCUUUUGAUUAUGAUUGCAAUAAAGAGGAAUUUGUUCAAUGAUUCUAA